AUGUUUUCCAGAAAUAUUCAGAAGAUUGUUCCACUCACUAGAACAAGUUUCACUCCAACUCUUUUAAAGGUAACUUCUCUAAGGAAUUUUAGUUGUUCCUCUAUAUGGAACAGGGCGGUUCAACAGAAUGAUUUGGCUCCAUUGAAGCUGGCUAAUGAACUGUAUGCUGUUUUUAAAGUCCAUGAACGUCCAUACUUGGUUACCGAAGGUGACAUUGUUACAUUACCAUUUAGAAUGAAAGAAGCCGAUGUUGGUGAUACUUUGAUACUAAACGAUGUCACUACCUUAGGAUCCAGAAAUUUUAAGUUGAUUGAUAAACCAAUUGAUCCCAAGUUCUACAGUCUAAAAGCAGUUGUAGUGGAGAAAACUAAACGUGCUUUCCAAGUAAGGGAGGUAACAAAAAGAAGAAAUAGAAAGGUUCGCCAUGCUACAUCGAAAGCUGAUUUAACGGUAAUAAGAAUAUCUGAACUAGCUAUUAAAUAA